UCCUCGGCAGCAGCAACAGCAGCAGCAACAGCGACGGCUCUGGCUCUGGCUCCCGAUCCGAACCGUAGCUGCGCUCCCGGGAGGUUGGGCACCCGUCGGCGGCGUGGCCUGGGCAGCGAGUCCUGGAUGCCCCGCGCUGGGCGACCGGCCAGGGGCUCCCAUUGCCGGGGCGCCGCGGCCGAGGGGCAGGGGGCUGUCCGCCGCCCACCGCCGCCAGCACAAUGAGACGGCGGAGGACCCCUGGCGACGUGCUGUGCACCCUCUUCUUCCUCCUCUGCUACGCGAGGCCCCAGGUCUCCGAGGCGGCAGGGACCUUCGAGCUGCAGAUCCGCUUUGCCCGCAACGAGAAAGGGGUGCUGGCUGACGGGCGGUGCUGCCGCAGUGGCCUGGAUCCGCCGUGCCCUGUGGCGCAGCAAUGCCACACCUUCUUCCGGGUCUGCCUCAAGGAAUACCAGCUGCGGGCUCUCCCCGGGGGGCCCUGCGUGCUGGGUGCCGCCACCACACCCGUCCUAGGGGGCAAUGUCUUCUCUACUGGUCACCAGAAGAGGAGCGACCACACCGGCAGGGUGGUGAUCCCGUUUGACUUUGCCUGGCCGCGCUCGUACUCUCUGGUUCUGGAGGCCUGGGAUGCCGCCAAUGCCUCUGAUGUCACCAGCCAAGGUGGAGGGCAGCUGAUGGAGCGGGUGACCCGUUCGGGAAUGCUGAACCCUGGCGAAGGCUGGCAGGACCUGGGGCAUCACGGGCGCAGCACCUCGCUGGAGUACCGGGUGCGAGUGCGCUGCCAGGAACAUUACUACGGCCCGGCCUGCAACUUCCUGUGCCGUCCCCGCGACGAUUUCUUUGGGCACCACAGCUGUGACGCUGCGGGCAACAAGGUCUGUCUGGACGGCUGGACGGGAGACGAAUGUACACGGGCCAUUUGCCGGCCAGGAUGCCACGAAACACAUGGGACCUGUGAGGAGCCUGGCGAAUGCAGGUGCCACUAUGGGUGGACCGGCCACCUCUGCGACGAGUGCAUUCUUUUCCCAGGCUGUGUCCACGGCAGCUGCACCGAGCCUUGGAAGUGCGACUGUGAGACCAACUGGGGGGGCAUCCUCUGCGACAAAGAUCUGAACUACUGCGGGUCGCACCGCCCGUGCAAAAACGGUGGCACCUGUGCAAACAACGAGCCGAACGAGUACGAGUGCCUUUGUCCCGAUGGAUUCCACGGCCGGAACUGCGAGGAAGCUCUCCUUCCGUUACCUGUUGCCGAAUUAACUUGCACUCCUGAGCUCUGUGCCAAUGGCGGAACGUGCCUCAACACCUCAUCUGGUUUCCGGUGCAUGUGCCCCCCAGGAUGGAGUGGGGAGUUGUGUCAGCACGAGGUGACCGACUGCCUCUCACAGCCCUGCAGCCACGGCGGGACUUGCAAGGACCUCCCUGACGGCUUCAAGUGCCUCUGCCCUCCUCAGUGGACAGGGAAGACCUGCCAGAUUGAUGUGAAUGAAUGCCAGAAGAACCCUUGUCUCCAUGCGCGUGGGUGCAAAAACCUCAUCGGGGGCUAUUUCUGUGACUGUCUGGAUGGCUGGACUGGAACAAACUGCAAUAUCAGUAAGGACGGGGGACCCCAGUGGGGUGCGGCAUGCAUUCAGGAGUCGGAGCAAAGAGAAAACUCUUGCCAGAGACAAUGUCGCAAUGGAGGGACCUGCCAGGUGAAAGACGGAAGGCACCUCUGCACCUGCCGGGAGGGCUACACAGGCGCAGAGUGUGAGACAGAGCUGAGCGCCUGUCGUGGCGCCCCCUGCCUGCACGGAGGGCAAUGCCAGGAGAUGGAAAACAAGACCUUCUUUUGCAGCUGCCCUCCUGGGCUUAGUGGCAGUCACUGCGAGGUCUUUGUGGAUCCCUGCUCCUCGAACCCAUGUCCUGACAAUGCUUCCUGUGUGGGCAGCAAGGGCAGCUACAUCUGCUCUUGCCCUGAAGGUGCUGCUUGCCGGCAACUGCGAGAGGCCUGCCUCGACGGCGUGUGCCAAGGUGCUGCCAACAAAACCAUCCUCUAUGUGCUGCUGCCGCUGGCUGCGCUGCUCGUCCUGGCGGUCCCCACCUUGGUCCUCCUGGCACUGUGGAUCCACCGCAAAUCCCAGGGGACUCCUCCAGCGGCACCGGAGCCCGCCACCAACAACAGCCUGCAGCCCGACGCCGUGCACCUGAUCCGCAACUUCACUCACGGCGACGCCGAGCAGGGGCCCGGGGAAGACGAUGCCGCUGCCAAGGCGGGGCGACCCCCUGGAACGCGCCCUCCCUGCGGGCUCCCAAAGACAGACAUCUCCAACGAGGAGAGGGCCAAACUGAACCGGCUGAACGCCGCCCCGGCCUUGCCGAGGCCUCUGCUCUGACCCAGCGGGAGAGGGGACGGUGUUUCAGCUGUGCGCAAAAAAAAGGGCGGAUAGGGGAGUUGGACGCGCAGAGGAGGACUCCGUCAGCCCUGCGAUCAGGGGCUAAAGAGCCCAGUGGCAUGCCCCCCCCCGGAAAAAGUGGGGGGUGCGACCCCCAAAGCACCUUCCUGACCAAUCAAGCCUUUUGUAGUAGAAGUCCGUCCAUACUUGCCCAGCACUGCUGUAUUUCUGGGUUCCUGUCUGCUCUCACUUUAGGGCAGCGAGGAGCAGCUUCUGUGAAACAUGUGUGCUGGCUGGCGGAAGCCCAACAGGUUGGGUCACCGGAUGACGACCCCACCCCUUAAAGGGGGAUCAGUUGGGGAAAUUAGUUCUCGAUGCGAGAAACUUUAGUCUGGCAAAGGCAAUAUGGAAGCCGGGAGGAUUUUGGCUCCGCUACUUCCCUUUGCCGGACUUUUCCUAGAGAGUCCAGGUUGGCCGGAGGACGAUGAAAAGUCACCAUGCCUUGCUUCUGCUUCCAAAGGGGUUAAAGGUGUGUGGGGGGGGGUGUAAUUUGAAUGGAGAGAAGGGAUUGGAGGAGCUGGGCCACGCCCAUCUGGACCUAGCCAGUGAUUGGCUACAUGGUCCGGCGAGCAACAUUAUGGAGUGCAGGGGGGUUGGGCGGAAGAUUGCCUUGAGGUCAAGUGUUGCUGACAACUGCCGGCCAUAACAUACCUGGGAGGAAGGGCUGGUUUGCCACUUGAGGGAAAACAGGAAAAGCCCAAGAAGCAGCAAGCGUCACACUCCUUGGAGGGCUGGAUCUGCCACCCAUCACAGCCUGCCACCUGAGGCAACUGCCUCAUCGAGCGUCAUGAUGGGCCGGCCCUGCUGGGAGGGGUGCCGCAUGUGCUAAGGAGAAGCCCUUUGAAGGCCGUACACCCCCCCCAGUUGUAUCGACCACCUCUUGUCACGGGACAUCAAAGCUAAGACCUCCAUUCCUGGAUCAGGCCAGAGGUCAUCUUUUCUGCCUUUUCAGCCUGUCGGGUGACUCGGGAUGCUCUUGUGGGGGUGGGCACACUGUCCGCCCCCUAAGUCUAGUGCCUCUGUGCUCCUGGAUGUUUUAAGCCAGGGAUGGGGGAACCUGUGGUCCUCUGGGUGUUACUGGACUACAGCCCCUAUCCGCUGGCCCUCACAGCCAGUGUGGCCGUUGGCCAGGGGUGAUGGGAGUUGUAGUCUAGUGAACGUCUGGAAGGCCCAGUUUUAGUCCAUCAUGCUUAAGAGCCAUUUGAUGCAAGACUUUUCGUCCUCGAGAAUUUUCCUAGCCUCCGGAAGCAGCAGCUGGUGAGUUCUGGCUAUAGAUAUCUAGCGCCUUGACACCUGCCCCUGCUCUCCGGCCAGCUUCACAGCCAUGAAGGGGGGGGGGUUCCGGUGGUCUAAACUGAGACUAAAAACGUAAUCUCCAAAUGAGCUGGGGUGUUGGUCCUAAUGCAUGAUGGGUUGUAGAAGCCGCUCCACAUUAGGAGAUGCCCGCUGUGGUUUCUGUUGCACAAGACAAUGUAAGGGGUGCAUCAGUUUGCACAGUGAGCAGUUGCGGAGGGGAAAGCUAGGGCCAGCCCUACCAUUAGUCUGAGCGAGCAGCUGCCUCAGGCGGCAGUUAGCGGGAAGGUGGAAGCAGUUUCUCCACACAAACACACCCCAAUACUCAAGUCCCCUAAGCUAGCUGACUCGCCGCCUCCUAAGCUAGCUUGAUGACCUUCAGAUGUAGCGGAAGAUGCCAACCUAGUGUUGAAAUCAGAGUCACCCGUCCGUCUGGUUGGAUUCUGUACGCAGAACAGGGCGAUGCCAUCUUGCCCUUUGCCUCAGGCAGCGUAGUGUCAUGGGCAGGUCUUGUAUGGCAAAUGGCCUGUUUGAGUCUGGUGCCUGCAGCCAAGCUGGACCCCUUCGUGUCCCCUUAUCUGCCUCUGAGGCGGCCCAGUUGCCAGCCACUCCUUUGUGAAACCAUCCCGGUUGCCGUAGUCCUGCGCAUUGCAUACCCCAAGUUGCGCUUGGUGCUUCCAAGGAGAUGUUCAAUUGUUGGUUACAGCAGGCUUCACCAACCUGGUGCCCUCCGGAUGUUUUGGACUACGACUCCCAUCAGCCGUUGCAUGCUCUUUCAAACGAGAUGAGGAAAGCCUCCGGAUUAACUUUCUCUUUGAAUUCAGGGAAACGCUUGAGAUCAUCUUACUGAAGAAUAAACGAGUUUUAAAUAUAUUCAGAACGGUUUCUCAAAUGCGCGCCCUUAACUAGAUGUGGCACGGAAAUGCGGAGACUGGAAGUGGCAGCUGGGGAAAACCAAAAUAAUACGUUAUACAUGCUCAACGUAUCCUUGUCAAACCAUUACCUAUUGCACAUUUAACUUCCAACAUAAAUAGGGAACUGAAGUAUCUGGUGAAAGAGCGACACCCCAAAACUAUACAGGAGGCAGCAACGUUAGCUGACCAAAUGAAUGAAAUUAGAGACAGGGGCUGAUGGGAGUCGUAGUCCAAAACAUCCGGAGGGCACUAGGUUGACGAAGAUCACAAAUGUUCAUUGCCACAGAUCCUCCUGCCUCCAUAUACUCUGCUUACCGCAUUGCCAACAGGGGACCCCACAGUCCCCUUCCUUAGAAUCUCAUAAAGUUGGAAGGGACCCCAAGAGUCAUCUAGUCCAAUCUUUUGCCCAACGUGGGGCUCAAACCCACAAAAAACCGAUUUAAGAGUCUCACGCUGUAUCGACUGAGUUAUCCAGAGUUUGUUGGGCAUAUCCGGACCAAGGUCCGCCAGUUGCCGACCCAAAUUGAGGCCCGUCUCUCCCUCCUUCCCUACUGGGCAGAGUAUUCAUUGUUGCCAUUGUCAGUCAUAAGAAUAAUACAUUACUCUGAACCAAAUAGAACUUGUACAGAUUUGAAAAAAGGGGAGGAACAGUGGGUGGGAGGGUAACAGUAUCCCCAACCCCAACUGGGAGUGGGUGAAUGUAUUUAAAUUGUAAUAUACUGUAAAGAUGACUUUAUAACUUUUUGUUGUUGAUCUUCUGGAUACUUUUAAGAUGAUAAUUGAUGGUUAUUUUGUACUGGGGCACAGUUGAAGAAACCCGAGUAAAUACUUUAUUUGCCUCAUU